AUUUCACGCCCGCGGCUCCCGCUGGCAAGUACUCAUCUCGAGCCCGCCCAGCCCCCUCGCUCUCUCUCCCAAACCUCCCAGUUUCCAUAGCCGCCGCCAAGCCGAAGCGCCGGACCCUUCAGCGCCGCCGAACCCGCCGACUGCUCUCACCAAGGCGGAGAUGGAUACUUCAGCUCCUUCGCCAUUUGUCAAUGGAGAGACUCUGAAGACGUUUCUUGGGCGACGAGUGCGCACAGUGGUUCAAGUCCAACACAAUGAAGGUGGAGUUCUUCUCGGGCUGUCCACUGAUGGGCAUCAGUUGACUAUCAGAGGUGCUUCUGGUGCCCCUGAACCACCACACUACAUCGAGGUUAUUGGGAUCGCUGACAGCAGCCUGUCCAUCCGUGCUGAAUCUUGCACUGAUUUUGGUGAAAACUUUGAUGGUGUGGCAUUCAACGGGCUAUGCAAGCUUGCGAACGACAAGUACAAUUACCUGUUCCUGUAGAAUUCAGCAUCACGCAGAAGAUGUUUGGAAAAUCAAGCAUGCUCGUCAUCGAUGAUGUGUUUGCCGCUUUAAGAUCUGUUCAAAUGUUACUUCACUCGCAUCAGUAAUCUGUUACUUAGGGUCAACUUUGCGCACUUAUCAGGACAUGUUAACCUAAUCUAUGUAGUAGCUGUAUGAGGGCAAGUGUGUGUGCGCCCCUUGCAGUUGGAGAGCCUAUAGCUUUUGCUGCUUCUAAGCAAAGUAAAACAAAGCUUUAUGUUGCUAUCACAUGGAUUUGGACCCUGGAAGGUUUAUGUUACUAUCUUGCA